AUGCCCAAGCACAGCCCAUUUUGCAGCCGAAUAAUUCAGUCUGACAACAGAUUCUUCCUCUGUUCACAGCUGUCCCAGAGGGAGGAGCUGAAACCCGAAGCUGCGCGCGGCGAUUGGCUGCCGCCGGCAGGAGAGAGGAAAAAACCCACCCGGCCGCAGCCCGGGCUCAGUCCCCGCCAGCCCGGCCUCCCGGCGGCGCCCUCCUCCUCCUCCGCGCACCUGAGCGGCCGCCGGCCACGAUGCUCUAGGACCGGCCGCGUCCUCCCGCCGGACCGUUAUCCGCCGGCGCCCGCCAGACCCGCCGGCAAGAUGCCGCGCUCUUUCCUGGUCAAGAAGCAUUUCAACGCCUCCAAAAAGCCCAACUACAGCGAACUGGACACACACACAGUGAUCAUUUCCCCGUAUCUGUAUGAGAGCUACCCCAUGCCUGUCAUACCACAACCAGAGAUCCUCAGCUCGGGCGCCUACAGCCCCAUCACCAUGUGGACUACGGCAGCCCCGUUCCAUGCCCCGCUACCCAGCGGCCUCUCUUCUCUUCCUGGAUAUGCCUCAUCCUUGGGUCGAGUGAGUCCCCCUUCUCCAUCGGACACCUCCUCCAAGGACCACAGUGGCUCAGAAAGCCCCAUUAGUGAUGAAGAGGAAAGACUGCAGUCCAAGCUCUCAGACCCCCAUGCCAUUGAAGCUGAAAAGUUUCAGUGCAAUUUAUGCAACAAGACCUACUCAACUUUUUCGGGGCUGGCCAAGCAUAAGCAGUUGCACUGUGAUGCCCAGUCCAGGAAAUCCUUCAGUUGUAAAUACUGUGACAAGGAAUAUGUGAGCCUGGGCGCCCUUAAGAUGCACAUUCGGACCCACACCUUACCUUGUGUCUGCAAGAUCUGUGGCAAGGCGUUUUCCAGGCCCUGGUUACUGCAAGGACACAUUCGAACUCACACUGGGGAGAAGCCUUUUUCCUGUCCGCACUGCAACAGAGCAUUUGCAGACAGAUCCAAUCUGAGGGCUCACCUGCAGACCCAUUCUGACGUAAAGAAAUACCAGUGCAAAAACUGCUCCAAAACCUUCUCCAGAAUGUCUCUUCUGCACAAACAUGAGGAAUCUGGCUGCUGUGUAGCACACUGA